AUGGCCAUCUGUUGCCUGAAGUCUCAACACAUCCCUGCACAGUUUGCACAGCCUGCAGGUGCAACGGCCACAGCGGCUUUCCCGGACGCAGCACUUGCUCAGCUCUGCUUCCCUCCGAGCACAGCCGCUCUCCCGUGGGCCAACAUUGUCACCAUGCACGUCACCAGGCCCAAAUCAGCCAAGGGACGCAGAAGGCAAAGCUUCAGCCACCCUCAGGGAGUGGAAGCCUGUCCAUGCCAAGUGCCUUCUUCCCCACUGGCAGCGUCUCCUCGGGCCUUAGCGAGCAGCCAGAGAGCACCACACACAAAACUGGUGUUCCCACCCACCCCAGUGUCUCCUGAGGAGGUCCCAGAGUUCCUGCAGCAAGUGCCUUUGAAGUCCUCGUCUUCCCUGAACAAGUACCGGGUGCUCCCCUCCAUUGGCUGGAAGGGCAUAGCGAGUGAUGCCGUGGAAGCGCUGGCUCAACAGACCAGCCGGCUGGAAGUGAGUGAGGGGCAGGACACUCUGAAAUUCAGCAAAACUCUGUCUGGAGAGCAGGGAUCUGGCAGCAUAUUGUCAGGAAGAGAUGUUCCUGCUGAGGAGAGCUCCCAUGUGCACUGUCCCUCUGAGAAGUGGGGAAGGAAAAUGAGGCAGGAGAGCCCUUCCACGUCCCCUCUAAGCUUAGAAGAGCCCCACGUGCUGCUCGCGGUCCGGUCUCCCUCUGGCCAGAGGUUUGAGCACCACUUCAAGCCCUCUGACAGUCUCCUGACAGUCCUUGCCAUGGCAGGACAGAAAUUGUUGGCCAACUACCAACACUGCAGUGUUGAAACGAUGGAAGUGCCCCGGAGGAGCUUCUCUGACCUUACGAAGUCCCUCCAUGAAUGUGGGAUCCUCCACAAGACUGUGCUGUGCAUUCGACAGGACAAGCAGCAUGAUGCAGAUCUUUAGGCACAUGGAGAUGGGUUGUUCUGCUGAGUGGGAUGCAUUGCUUCUUCCAAAAAACCUGACUCUGAUGUUUCCUGGGCCUACUUCUUGCCAUCUUUCACAAAUUCCCAUGAAGUAGAGGUAUGGAUGUUGAGAAAUAGUAUUUCAGAUGUAUAAACCUGUGUCAUAAAGAGCAGCUUGUUUCACCCGUGCCAUCACAAAUUGCUUUGUAAGUGCCACCAACCUUCAGCCUUUUUGGUUUGUUGAAAGUUUCCAAGUUUCUAAAACCCAAGUUUCCAAGACCUCUACUCUUCUCCUUUUCUCUAUUUUGGGAAGGUACCACUUCCCAGAGUGGACCUGGAUGCACCUAUUUGGGAAGGUAGAAGCAGAACUGUUUUACCUGCAGGACCACCUUCAGUAGCUGAUCAUCAUCCUAAACAUCUCAAGAGGCUGAAAAGGAGUUUAAACCCCCAAACCAUCUGGAAGCAAGAGUAUUAACACAUUAAAGGGUUAUUAGGAAGUAUUAAAUUGCAAGACUGAUUGUAAAAUACCUGUGAGAACUCAGCUCUCUCUGGGUAACCUCAGUCCACCUCUUUACUGUGACUAAAUCACCUUUUUAAGAACAAAUAGUUAUUAUUUUGUCUUGGUGAGCAGCAGGAUUUUCUCCUUAGUUUUCCUUCUCUCAUUCAGCUUGUGUGAUCUGCAGGUAAGAACAGAUGGAUAGUUAAGAAGGGAUGUUACAAAUAGUUCCAUUUAACACCUUUACACUGAAGUUAGUCCAAGAAGCAAAGUGUUAUUUUGGGAGUUUUAAAAUAAAAAUUUAUUAAUGGGA